AUGUACCUUGCGGUUUUCCAGGAGUUUGCUCAUUCAAAGGUUUUGGAGCGCAUCCAAAGCGAGGACAUUUGCCGAGUUGACGUGGCCCCGAUGCCGUGCAGUUCGGCAAAGUCGGAGGAGGAGUUGGCUGUGGUGCGGGCAUCUGCGAAAUUAAUUAUUGAGGAUCCCGAAAAGGAGAAUGAGGAGGCGGUUGAGGCGGCACUCGCCACCCUUGGUGGGUUGGGGUUCAGUAUUACGCACCGUCAUCCAGUUACAUCGGCAGGUUGCCCGAUGCGGGACCGUGUCAUAUUAACAUACACCGGAUGA